UGGCUCCCCCCUCCCCACACCCCCACGCUCCACCCAAGAUUUUACCUGAACACAAGAGUUGCCAAAUCCGCCACAUUUUCCUGUUCGUCUUUUUCAUUUCGGUUGCUAGAGAGUUUGUGCAUCGUCUGCACAAAUCAAAUUUUCUAUUUUGGAAAACUAUUACAUUAUUUUUUUUUCGCAGUUUAUCUUUUAAAAAUUAAUAGUGUAAUAGAUGAACAAAAAUAAACAGGAAACAGCAGUAGAAAACUAACAGCUGUUCGACUAUUGUUAGAGAAUUUUCAAUCAAAUUAUUUUUCUUCAGGAAAAGUAGACUGAUUCAACCAUCCAUCUUCUGACCAGCUAGUCCAGUGACAUGGCGACCACCCUAGCCCCAGCAGCCAACCACCUGGUCAUCAGUGUGGUUGACCAGGAACCUUUCAUCACAAGAGAGCCAAGACCCAGUGGUGACUAUUACAGUGGCUACUUGGUAGAUCUAAUAAAUGAGAUCAGCCGAAGGGCCAACUUCACCUACACAUUUAAACAAGCCGAUGAGCAUGGGCGAUAUCUGUCCACUGGAUGGACGGGGAUCAUCGGUGAUGUCGUUAAGGGGGAAGCUCAGAUCGGUGGUGGGGCCCUGACCGUGACCACCAAGCGUGAGGAGGCUGUAGACUUUACUAAACCUUACCUCUCCAACAGUGUGAACCUGCUGGUUCAAAAACCAACAUGGGAAGACCUUGGCCUUGGCUACCUGGUUCGACCAUUCUCAGCAGAUUAUUGGAUUAUGCUUCUGGUGGUCUUGUUGCUCAUCGGCAUUGUCUUCUUUGUCAUUGGUAAGUUUAGUCCUUACGAAUGGGGCAAUGUGGCGGCAGACCGAGAUCCCAGAGGCGCCAAGAACAGCUUCACACUAAGAAACAGUUACCUGUUCGCUCUUAGCACGAUUACCUGGCAAGGUUUCAGAGAGGCACCCCACUCCCUGUCAGGACGUAUCAUGGCUGCCUUCUGGUGGAUGUUUAUUCUGUUCAGCCUAAUCGCCUACACCGCCAACCUGACGGCGUACUUCCUGGCUAGGCCUGAACAAAUCCCCAAGAUGCCGUUUAAAACUUAUGAGGACCUCCUUGCAGACACCAACAUACGUGUUGGUGUGUUACUGUCUGGAUCUACAGAGAGUCUGUUGAGAAACAGCCGCUCUGAGACUCUGAGAUCUAUCUACAGCAAGAUCAACGCACAGAACACAUUUGUUGGCAGCUACAGUGAGGGUGCUAAACGGGUCAAGACUUCCAAUGGUAACUUCGUAAUGUUUAUGGAAACAGACAGCGCCGAGUAUUACGCCAGGAAGAACUGCAACCUGAUGAUCUACGGAGAUACCAUCUUCCCAUCCAAUUUGGCCUUUGCUGUCAGGAAAGGUUCCGUCUGGAAGGGUAUUUUCAAUACUAUCAUCGAGGACCUCAAGGACAAUGGCUACCUGGAACAACUCAAGGACAAAUACUGGCACUUUUCUGGCGACUGCACCAACAUUGAUGGACGCAAGUAUGUUGAGACAGGUGGACACCUCAGCUCUCUGCCCAUCUAUCCGAUUACUCUGAAGGACAUGGCUGUGGCUAUCCUGCUGCUCUUCCUUGGUUUCAUUGCUGCAAUGAUCUUCCUGGUCAUCGAGAUAGUCCACUAUGCGGUCACCAAGAAGGGCAAGAAGAUUGAAAGGCCAAAGAUUCUGAAGAACCCACCCAAGAUCUUCAGACCCAAGACCAAGGCGGCCAAAGCUGGACCCACCGACGUAGAGCUUGGAGAAGAAGCAGGGCCCUCUUCUGACGGCCUUGAGAGCGUCCCCUUGGAGGAUGCUGAGGACCCCGGAGCCGGAAGUGGAGAUGAGCUUCGUGGUGACGAGGCCAAGGCUUAAGUCAGAAAUAGAAUAAAAAUUGAAAUAGGUCAUCUAAGAAUUUUUUUUCUUCUUUUUACAUUUUAGCUAGUUUGAUAGAAACAAUUAAUACACGACAUGGUCAUCUCUAUUGUGUGUGAGAGUUCAGAUGGACAUACCUCUACCAUAACCAAACAAGAGCUUCUGAAAUAAAAAAAUAAAAUACAAAUAUUAAACCAACUAAUUCUACACUUAGGUACAAUAUCAAAAAGAAGAGAAAAAAAAAUUGAUUUCAAGGCAGGAAUGGGAAACAUGAACAGAACUAUAUUUUUUAUUUGUUUCAAUAUGGACACACUUUUAACAAAGAUCUAUUUUAUAACGUUACUUUUAACGAUGGACUGCACAUGAAACUAUAAUGGUCAUAUUUAUAGUCAGAAAAACAUUUUUGUUUUGUAAACGUGUUCUAAUUUUUUAUUUGUCGUUGCACUUUUUAAUUUAGUGUGUCAUGUGAUUAUUAUCAACUUUUGUUUUGAUUGGGUAACUUUGUAUCAGUUGUUUUGAUUGGACAGAACUGAACCGAGUGCCAGUUUGAAAAGAAAUAUUUAUUAUUAUCGUUCUAGCGUAUUAAAUUACAUAAAUACAUCAAACAAGUAAUUUUUGUUUCUACUUUAUUUAGGUAGCAAAUCCCAAAAACAUUUUUGGUUUGUUUUUAUUUUGUUUAUGCAUUACCACGAUAUUUUUGAACUCAUGUUUUGUUUCGCACUCUUCUGAUAUUAUUAUUAUAAUUAUUAUUUUUCUAUUUCUAGUUUUUUAAUUUAAAUUACACUUUUUAUGUUCCUCAUUUUCAUUCCAUUGUACUUUCAGUUCACUGUAUUUUUUUAAAAUAUUUUUAUUCAACAACUACAUCAUUUUAUAUUGCAUCAAUUUAUCAUUCAAUACUCGCUUUGUGAACUUCAUUAAAAAAAUAAUAUGUAGCAUAAUAUUAAGAUAAUUACAGUAUUCUUUAUUUAACACGAAAUCUAUUUAUUACACUAUAUGAAUUAUAGCUUGACCUUGUAAUUACAUUACUGUAAUAUUUUUUUUUUGUGAUUUCUUAAACGUGUUUAGCAAGCAGGCUAAACACUGUCUGUUCUUCGAUUUUACUAAUUCAUUUACUUGCUAAUAUUUCACCUUUUUUUUUUCAUUAACUGAACAGGAUCGUAGAAUUUAGAUAGUAGGUUUUAACCCAUCACCUGCUGACCCCUUUUUUGCACAGAGUGAGCGCACCUUCAAAGGUCUUGAUUAUUUUAGGUGACAUAGUUGAAUGUUAAACAUUUUUAAUUUUUAGGAUGUUUUAUUUCUUGUAGACUUUUUUUUUAAUCAUCUGAGCAUAUUAGUGUAUAAACAUGUCAAUGUAUUUGCAAUAAUUGUUCGAUAACUAACGAGAACUAAAUGCCUGUAUCGGUAACGUAUGCAAGCUUAGUGUUCGUUACUGGCAAAGAGAAGUCAAAUUAGUUUUAAGUGUUCAGAAUGUGUAUUACUUUUUGUCAAUGAAUUCAAUUAGUUUAGAUACAAGAUCAUUAUCUUUUAUAAGUAAAAUAAUUGAUUACUAUUGGACGUGUUUUGAUUUAUUUACAUUUAAUUUAUAGACAUAUUUGAAUAAACGUAGUGAAUAUAAUAUUGCAUUUAAUGAACUCACAAUGAGCAUCUCGUCUCCAAAAUUUGAACAUUGAACAAUGCAGAAAAAUGAAUUGGUAGUUACAUGUGAUGUCAUUCUUUUAAAUCGAAGCUAAUCAUAUAUAUGAUACAUAAGUAUUGCAUUAUCAAUAUACUUCUUUGAAUUCUGUUGUUCCUAUUUGGCUAUAGUUAUUCCGCAAUGUAAAUCACAGUAGCGUAUAAAGUAGCUGCUCAUUUCGAAGGCAUACAAAAGUACAUAUUUUGAAUUAAUGGAGUUUGCUAGUUUUAUUGUAAACCACCCACAACAUGAACAUAGUUAUCCAUCGUCUCUAUUCUAAUUCAAUGUAACUUGUUCAAUAUGGAACUCACAAAUGAAGGGGAAGUUUUGAAAGUCAGGUUACAAAUAUUUUUUUGUAUAAUGACAAUAAAGACUGUAUGGAGACUAGGUAAUAGCUCUCAGGUUUUCCACCGUGGCUUCUGUUACCAAACUUGAGCUCACUGAAUCAUCAAAGUCAUUGUGUGCUUAGCUUCUUUUUAUUUUUAUUUCAGCCUUAGAUACCUGAUUAUAAUUCUAACGUCUACACUACUGCAGUAUCUAUCUAUAUUUUAUGCAUACUCUAUGGUGCCUUGAAGGCCUGAAAUAAAGGCAAUAUUUGGUUUAUCUCCA